GUGUAGGCCUCUGUGUAUGUCACUUCCUUCCUCUCACAUUUGAAUAGAGUUGCAGCAGAACCUCUGAAAGUGACCAGACACAGAUCCACCCUGAAGUCCACUGCAGGUGAUCUAUCUAUCAGUGAACGAUGGCGGACAUAAAACACAUCCCAGCGGAGGACAUGGAGGAGCUGAGAGAGGCCUUCAGCAAAGUUGAUGUGGACGGUAACGGUUACAUCAGCACAGACGAGCUGAACGACCUUUUCCGAGCCGCAAACCUUCCUCUGCCGGGAUACCGUAUCCGAGAGAUCGUCCAGGAGCUCAGCAGGACCAUGGACCUCAACCAGGACGGGAAGAUCACCUUCGAUGAGUUCGCCAAGGUUGUUCAUGAUCUGAAGAGCUCAGAAGUGGCCAAGACCUUCCGGAAAGCCAUUAAUAAGAAGGAGGGAAUCUGUUCAGUGGCGGGAACAUCGGAACAAUCCGGGACACAGCACUCGUACUCCGAGGAGGAGAAAGUGGCUUUUGUGAACUGGGUCAAUAAAGCCUUGGAGAAAGAUCCGGACUGCCAGCACGUUCUUCCCAUGGAUCCCAGUUCCGACGACCUGUUCACCGCAGUGGGAGACGGCAUCGUACUCUGUAAAAUGAUCAACCUGUCUGUGCCGGACACGAUCGACGAGAGAACCAUCAACAAGAAGAAGCUCACACCCUUCACGAUCCAGGAGAACCUGAACCUCGCGCUGAACUCGGCCUCUGCUAUCGGCUGCCAUGUGGUGAACAUCGGAGCAGAGGACCUGAAGGAGGGCAGGCAGCAUUUAGUGCUGGGACUGCUGUGGCAAGUCAUCAAAAUCGGCCUGUUCGCCGACAUCGAAAUUAGUAGGAACGAAGCUCUGAUCGCACUGCUCAGGGAUGGAGAGAGUUUGGAGGAUCUGGUUAAACUGUCUCCUGAGGAGCUGCUGCUGCGCUGGGUCAACUAUCACCUGGAGGAGGCCGGAGCGCCCAAAAUCAACAACUUCAGCUCCGAUAUCAAGGUACAGUAGAACACACACAUCCAC